AGCAAAAUUGAAGCUUCAAAAGAAGAAAGAAAGAGACAAACCGGGCAAUAUCAAUUUGAAAAGCCCCCGCUUCACAAUUUGGUUUCCGCGGAAAUGGAGUCUCUGGGUCGGCACUCUUACAGCCGGAAGGAGAAAUCUCUCGGGGUUUUAGUCUCCAAUUUCCUGAAGCUGUACAAUCGAGACGACAUUGAUCUGAUUGGGCUCGAUGAUGCCGCCGGGAAAUUAGGAGUUGAACGUCGGCGUAUAUAUGAUGUGGUUAAUAUAUUGGAGAGCAUUGGGCUUGUAGCGAGAAGAGGGAAGAAUCAGUAUUCGUGGAAAGGUUUUGGAGAAGUUCCUCGUGCUCUAAGUGAACUCAAAGAAGAAGGAAUGCGAGAGAAGUUUGGCAUCAUCCCAUGUGUGACCAACUCAGAGAUGGUCUUGUAUGACCAAGUAAGAGAAGAACCUUUGAAGUUAACUCCUGAUGAUCAAGAAAACUCACCAUCCCCCAAACUUGACAGCAAGAAGGAGAAAUCUCUCUGGGUUCUUGCACAGAACUUUGUGAAGCUAUUUCUAUGUUCUGAUGAUGAUCUGAUAACACUUGAUGGCGCUACAAAAGCAUUGUUGAAUGUAUCUCAGGAUCCCAUGAACAUGAGAACUAAAGUUAGACGCCUUUACGACAUUGCAAAUGUGUUUUCCUCAAUGAAUUUAAUCGAAAAGACUCAUAUCCCACAGACGAGGAAACCGGCAUAUCGGUGGUUAGGAGCCAGAGCUAUAUCCGAAAGCAAUUUCCUUGCUGCUCCUGCAAGCCUAUGUGAUCGUAAUGAGCCUAAGAAGCGGGUUUUCGGGACCGAGAUCACAAACGUUAACACAAAGAGACACAAAACAGAUUGUUCUGAAGACCGCAAGCAGUACGGAAAUCAAAACACAUGCAGUGUGAUCAAGCAAGAACAAUGUGAUUCGAAACCAGCCGUGAAGAGCAUUGCGUUUGGACCCGCAGGUACUUCUAAGAAGAACAAUGAAGGAAACAACAGUAACCAGAGACUUGAAGAUCUUGAGACCCUUUCUUCUACCUACAAACUACAGUAUUGCAAUCAUGAGUUAAUUGGUCUGCUUGGGCACUACACAGAGACAUGGAGGUCAUGGCAUGCAGAGUUUGCCAACGCAUAUCACGCAGCCACACAGCGGAGAGAGAAAGGGAAGAGACAGAGAGCUCGAGGCGCUAAUUUAAUGGCGGCCACAUCAGCUCGAGCCUUCAUGCUCUUCCGUGUAACGGACGUGUCACGGAAGAAGCUGAUCCUUCACCAACCUCCACCGUCGUCUCCUCGCCGGUUACCGCGUUCUCCCAACCGUGCGGUGUCUUCUGCUGUCAUUAGCUGUCUCAGCGGAGGCGGAGUUUCCUCCGACGAUUCAUACGUGUCUACUCGCCGGUCGAAGCUGGACCGAGGUUUCGCUGUGAUCGCGAAUCUGGUGAAUCGGAUCCAGCCGCUGGAUACCUCCGUAAUCUCCAAAAGCUUAUCCGAUUCGGCUAAAGACUCGAUGAAGCAGACGAUAUCGUCUAUGCUCGGGCUCCUCCCUUCCGAUCAAUUCUCCGUCUCCGUUACCAUCUCCGAGCAGCCUCUGUAUCGCCUCCUUAUUUCUUCCAUCAUCACCGGGUAUACAUUGUGGAAUGCGGAGUAUCGUGUAUCACUGACUAGGAAUUUCGAUAUACCGAUUGAUCCUAGAAAGGAAGAUGAUCAAUCUUCGAAAGACAGUGUCGGGUUUGGAUCGGAGAGUGGAGUGAGUGAGGAUUUAGGGAAUUGUGUUGAGGAAUUAGAGAGAAUGAGUCCUCAGGUGUUCGGGGACUUAUCACCGGAAGCGUUGAGUUAUAUUCAGCAGUUGCAGUCUGAGUUAUCGAGCAUGAAAGAGGAGCUAGAUACACAAAAGAAGAAAGCUUUACAGAUAGAAUGUGAGAAAGAAAGCAAGAAUGAUUUGUUGGAGUACUUGCGUUCCUUAGAUCCUGAGAUGGUGACGGAGCUAUCUCAACUAUCUUCACCAGAAGUUGAAGAAAUCGUGAGCCAACUUGUUCAAAACGUGAUGCAGAGGAUCUUCGAAGACCAGGCUACUUCAGCUUUCAUGCAAGAUCCUGUCAAAAGGGCUGCAGAAGGUGGUGGCGAUGGAACUGGUAGGAAAGUAGACACGUCCAGGGAUUAUCUUGCAAAGCUCCUUUUCUGGUGCAUGCUAUUGGGACAUCAUUUAAGAGGUUUGGAGAAUAGAUUACAUCUCAGCUGUGUUGUUGGGUUGCUGUAAAAUUAAAGAAUCAGAAAACAGAGGACAAAAAAAAAGAAAAGACACCAUGUAUAUUCUUCUUCUCUUCCCUCCCAUUUUGAGUUCUUUAAUCUAAGCGUUAAGUUAUAAUCAGUCCCUGAAAUUUUCUACAUCUUUUGAGUUCUUCCAAUUAGGUUUGAAGAGUAGUUUUUACUCCCACUGGUAAUAUAGAUCUGUUAAAGGUACAUCUUAUACAAAGUUAUUCUACCAGCAGGAUUAGUGUUGAGAUAUUAAUCCGAAAUUUUGUGGUUAUAUAUGCAUCUUCAUUUUGCUAUUUAUAGCGUUGGUAGAUUUGAUGAUAUUCAUAUGUCUUUCUAGCUAGAAAAGCGUCUUAACGCU